CUAAAAAUCUAAUAAUUAAAUUUCAUCGGUCUAGAUCCGCCCACGCAUCGACUUAUAGGAUUAGGUGCUAAGCGUUUGUCCACCAUGUAAAAGAAAAGUGAGAGGUGUAUCUAGAAAUCUCCAAAAUCUGUAAAGAUACUAGGGUUUCAGAGCAAACAACAGACGAGACAGUGAGCGGGGGAGCUGAUGAAAACAGCCAUGAUGCGGCUUGGGUCGACAAAAAAGAGGUGUAAAAUUUCAGCACCAAUGACAAGGUCCCAGACCUACCCGUUGGACAAGAUGCCUCUCGAAAUGAAAGAGGAGAUUUGCAUGAAACUGGAGGUCGAAUGCAUCACGAAGCUCAUUGCCCUUUCUAAAUCCUGGUCAUCGAUAGUCCGUAACAAAAUUUUCACCAACUUGUACCUGAAUCAAUCUUUGGCUCGGCCACGCAUUCUGAUCUCAUUAAUCGGCGUUCAAGACAUGCAGCACUUCUUCCUCUCUUGCUCUCAGGAGGAUCCAUCUUCUGAUCAUCGCACUGUCAGUUGUAACCCUCCGAGGCAGGGUAAUUGGUACAACUUUUCUCCACCUGUCCGCGGCUUGAUGAGCUGUAUGUGUGAUAAUAAUAAAGUGAUGAUUGGGAAUCCUAGUACUCGUCAGCUUAUUACUUUACCGAGAGUCAAAACUGUGAGGAAAGACAUACUCCACUUCUUUGGAUAUGAUCCUGUAAAGGGUGAAUACAAAGUGUUGUGCAUGACGGUGUCACGUAAUCCUACACGUAGUAGAUCAGGAGAGGCUGUGACGGAGGAGCAUCAAGUGUUCACUCUAGGAGCUAAGAGAAAGAAAUGGAGGAAGAUCGAAUGUGAGCAUCUCCAUUAUGCUCAUCCUAGAACUCAAGGGAUAUGCAGCAAUGGGGUUGUGUAUUAUCUGGCAUGGGUCGAAAAUGUUCGUUUUCUGAUAUGCUUUGAUGUGGGGUCUGAAAAGUUUAGUGUCAUGGAGUUACCCGGGGACGUCGAAGGUCUGUCCAACUACGGCGAAAAGAUAGCUGUGACGAAAAUGAUCAUCGACGGUAAUAUCGACUUGUGGGUUCUUGAAGAUGCCAGCAAACAAAAAUGGUCAAAAACUACAAUCGUGACUUCUUCUUGGAUAGAGUCACAUAACUUGAUUAGAAGAUUCAUGUUCAGGGGUAGACUUGGCACCGGCGAGCUUGUAUUUGAACCCUUAUUUGUCGCAGGCUCCUUCUUUUUACUAUCUUACGAUCUCAAGGAAGGGAAAGUUAGAAAAAUCAUCAUCCCUGAAAUAUUUGGCUUUUCUUUUACUUCUAUAGGUGUCUAUUUGGAUCAUGUUGAGAGUCCUAUGUUUCUGGAACUGUAAGGUAAUUCUCACAUCCUGUCUCUUGAUGACUUCUUCUUCGGUGUUUCUUGCCUGAACUACUCUCUCUCUCUCUUUCUUAAGUUUCAGUUAAAGUUGUCGGAUAUUAUUAUUUGUUUAAGACUUGUCUUUGUUGGAUUUUGAUCUAUGGUUUUGUAUGCUUUUGGAAUUUGGAUUUAUGCAAUGUUUAUGACUUUGUUUUAAUAAUUUCUGGUUUUCUUAUUUGAUUUAUUUUGGGGGA